UUUUCUGUAGCAGUGUUAUUAGUUUUCUGUAGCAGUGUUAUUAAAUCUAUUUUUCGCUGUUUUAUGAUCAGGUUGUUUGCGUCCUGCAAGGGGCACACUUCCUGCCCUUGUUAUUUUCUCCCCACAACAUAAGAAACCAUGUCGGCUGCUGUGGACCAGCGUACCUGCUGUGGUGGGGAGUCUCUCGCGAAAUGUUUCUGCGGCAGACUCAAGGCACUGUUUCGAGCCAACGACAUGACGUCAUCAUCUCACGUGCUGAGAGAACUCAUCGCUGAAUUCAUGGGAUCCGCCAUUCUGGUCUUGUUCGGAUGUGGUUCCGCCAUAACGCUGGCAGACGACAAAACGGCUUCCGUCGUAUCCAUAGCAAUCGCCUACGGUCUCGCGGUCUCCAUGGUGAUAUGGUGUUUCGAUCACGUCAGCGGCGCACAGGUCAACCCAGGCGUUUCCAUAGCAAUGUUUUGCACGCGCAAGAUGAGUCUGUUGAAGACGUUCCUCUACUGUGUGGUUCAGUGUAUGGGCGGAACUGCCGGAGCUGGGGUUCUGUUUGGGUUGACACCGGAGCCUGACCGCGGGACAUUAGGGGUGACAAGGGUUUCCUCGAAAAUAUCACCAUCACAGGCAUUCGGGGUGGAAUUUUUGGCCACAUUUGUCUUAGUUCUGGCUAUUUUCGCCUCGUAUGAUCGCCAAAGACUCGACCAUGAGGGAUCCAGGUCUUUAAGUAUUGGACUCGUUGUUUCCAUGGAGGUACCUUGGGUGUUCCAGUACACGGGAGCCAGCAUGAACCCAAUACGAAGUCUCGGACCAGCUAUAGUGAUGGAAAUGUGGGAUAAACACUGGGUGUUCUGGCUUGGCCCAAUAUUGGGGGCUGUGGUAGCUGGUGUCCUGUACGACAACCUGUUCGCUGUGAAUGCGUCCAUAACCAAGACGAAGUCGUGCAUCACGUCCACCAAGUACAACAACCACAGCGUCAACGACACAGAACUGGUCGCUCGACACAACACCAACCCCUGUGAUUCUGCGACAGUCUAUAACGACGACUUUAUCAACGGCAACAAUGACACCGCCAACAGCUACCGUAUAUGCUGA